AUGAACACGACGAACAAAGAAAAAACUACCCGGGAGGGUCCCGUUCGCGGGGAAUCCCUUGGUGGGUCGGACAGCCGGCCCAUCGGCCCCAUUGUAUACGGGGGGGCCAUUCGCCGUGUGGAGGAGGAGAGUAGGAUAGGUUCAGCAGGAGGAAGUAAAGAGAAGGAGAGAGAGAGAGUGAGGAGGCUGUCAGAUUCAGACUCAGACAGCAGAGACUCCAUGGCAAGCGCUUCCAGCCGCUUUGCUUCCAUGGAGUCCCUAGACCAGGAAGGUGCGGGAAGAUUCUGGAGUGAGGGCCGCGGCCAGAAGAGGCCCAGAGAUAAGGAGUUGAGCGGCAGCUCCACAGACACCCCCGCCAAAGGGGUACACAAAAGAAGGGGACGCGGCCGUCCGCCAACCACCGGCGAGUACGUCGGGCUGGCGGCCGCCAAAGAAUCAUUGAGAAAGGCGACAGAGGCGGAGAUGAGGGCACGAGCCGAGGCGGAACUCCUUGACUCAGUUCUGGAAGCCCGCAAGACUCGAUCGGCUCUGGUCACGGCAGGUCCAUCAAAUGCCGCGCCACUGGAAGUUGAAGAAGACACGGCGACCACCGUCCUCAAACGGAUCGGAUCCAGCCUCGACGUAGUCGAAAGAGUGGCGAAGAAAUCGUCAAACCUUAAGGGAACCUUUGUGCGCGCACUACAGGAUGCCGUCAGCGCCAUUAAAGAGGACGUCGCCGGCCUCGCCCAGAGGUCGGUAUCGGAUGAGACGCGCGCCUUGCAAGCAGAUAAUGCCCGCCUGCAAGCUGACAUGGCCAGCCUCCGCAAGGAGCUGAAUGAGAUGCGCCAGGAGAUGGAGAGGGUGCGGAAGCAGGGUUCCGCCAAUGCCCUCAUGGAUACGACAAUGGAGGCCGUCCCUGUCCGGCCCCCACAACCACAACCAGAGACCUCUCUUGAGGAUAUUUGCAGGACGGUAAUGGUCCAGGUGGGCGGUAUGCUCAAUGCCCGCCUGGCUUCCCUAGAGGAUAGGUUGCUCCCCGAAAGAAACCUGCGACCACCAUUAGCGUCGGACAAGAAGAAGGAGGCCCGCACGUAUGCGACUGCAACCGCGGAGCCCACACCCGUACCAUCUUUGGGUGCUCAAAAAACAGCUGGGACAAAGGUGCCCCCGGCACCAGCACAGCCCGGUCCCAGUGGACUCAAGCGCCAGGCGCCCAACGUGCCCAAGAAGAAAAAUAAGAAAGACUCCAAAAAAGGAGCCAAAAAGAAGGAGAAAACUCGGCCGUCGACUAGCGAGAACUCAAAGUCCUCCCCUGUCGCCCCCGUAGCACCAUCAAAUGCCGCCCCUCCUCGUCGUCCUCCAAAUCCAGACGCGCUCGAGGAGAACUGGGUAACUGUAGGGAGAAAUGGAAAGGCACAACGACAAAAGUCGAAAGCGGCUCCCACGCAGGCACCAACAUCUGCGCCUGCACCGCGACCGCAGAGACUAAAAGUACCUCGAAGCUCUGCCGUUGUCGUGACGCUUACCGAAGCGGCAAUCAAUAAGGGGCUAACAUAUAGUAGUGUCUUGAAAGAGGCGAGAUCAAAGCUCGAUCUAAAAGAGGUGAUAGGUAUAGAAGCGGUGCAAUUCCGUCGGGCGGUUACCGGGGCCACUAUCAUCCGCAUCCCCGGUGCCACCAGCGCCCCGAAGGCAGACAUCCUGGCGCAGAAGCUCCAGGAAAUUUACCAAAACGACGAUAUCAAGGUCUCCAGACCCGAAAAAAUGAUAGACAUCAAGAUCGAAGGUCUGGACGACUCGACUACACCUGAGGAGGUCAAAGAGGCCAUAGUCAAAAAAGGGACAUGUGCGGCAGACCAGGUCCGAACUGGCCAACUCCGCCAGAACAGAUCUGGCCUAUUCGACAUCUGGGCUCAGGUCCCUGUUACAGUAGCGAAGAAAAUAGCGACGGGCCGCUUCUUAGUGGGCUGGGUGGCUGCCAAGGUCACCAUCGGCAGACCCAGAGAACUACGAUGCUAUCGCUGCAUGCAACAAGGGCAUGCAGCUAGUCAAUGUGAAGCAGAAGAUCGUAGCCAACUCUGCUAUAAAUGUGGACAAGAGGGCCACAAGGCCGCAUCCUGCCCGUCGCAACCGAACUGCAUCCUGUGCGCGGCGGCGGGCAAGGAUGCCAAACACCGGCUGGGGAGUCUAAAUUGCUCGGCGCCCAGAAAGACGGUUAAUAGGAGAUCGCUGGUUUUCCGCCGCAGCGCUGCCCCACCGAGCGGGGAACGUAUGGAGGUUGUCGAAGCCACACGUGAUUGA